AAGGAGGGCAGGCAGCCUCAGGCACCCCACACCUUUCCUCUUUCUUGCAGGAAUGGCGCUCUCCCCCAGUCCCUUGGCUAUGGAGUACGUUAAUGACUUUGACUUGAUGAAGUUUGACAUAAAACGAGAGCCCUCUGAGGGCCGGUCUGGACUCCCCACGGCCUCACUGGGCUCCACACCUUACAGCUCAGAGCCUCCUUCACCCACCUUCAGUGAGCCAGGCGCGGUGGGCAGCAGUGAGGGCCCCAGGCCAGGCCUGGAGGAGCUGUAUUGGUUGGCCACCCUGCAGCAGCAGCUGGGGGCUGAUGAGAUGCUGGGGCUGAGCCCUGAUGAAGCCGUGGAGCUGCUGCAGAGUCAGGGUCCAGUCCCUGUAGAAGGGCCCCAUGGCUACUACUCAGGGAGCCCAGGAGAGACAGGAGCCCAGCUUGCCCAGCUGUCCGAGAGGUUUUCGGACGCGGCGCUGGUCUCGAUGUCUGUGCGCGAGCUGAACCGGCAGCUGCGGGGCUGCGGGCGCGACGAGGCUCUGCGGCUGAAGCAGAGACGCCGCACGCUCAAGAACCGCGGCUACGCGCAGGCCUGUCGCUCCAAGCGGUUGCAGCAGAGGCGCGGGCUGGAGGCUGAGCGUGCCCGCCUGGCCGCCCAGCUGGACGCUCUGCGGGCCGAGGUGGCCCGCCUGGCCCGCGAGCGCGACCUCUACAAGGCCCGCUGUGACCGGCUGACCUCCAGCGGCCCAGAUCCCGACGACCACGCGCACCUCUUCCUCUGAGCCUCUAGGGCAGAGGGGUGUGGCGGCUUGGAGGUGGCUGGGUAGAUGGCACUAUAC